AUGAAGUUCUGGCGGGCGCCUGUGCGCGAGAGCCACCACAUCGUGGACCCCAUCAAGCGCGCCAAGAACCACACGUCGCGCGUUAUCAACAUGCAGCUGAGCAAACUCUCGAGCGUCACGCGACAGGCCUCGCUGGACUUCCCGGCGCUCAAGCGCAUGCACCCGUUCGAGAGGGAAGUGGUGAUGCUCACGUUGGGCAAAGGGACCUACGAGAACCACCUGCAGAAGCUGCGGCGAGUGUACGCGUCGCUGCACAACACUGGCAAGCAGUACGAGCGCGAGUGCCAGGAGCUGCGCACGAAGCAAGAGGCGGUGGACUGCGGCCUGCGCUGCAUUGAGGAGCUCAAGAAGAUUGUUGACGACAGCGCGGGGACGCUGCGAGAUGCGGCGAACAUGGCGAAGGCUCUUCGCGGCCUCCCGCACGUGGAUCUUGACAAACCGAUUUUUGCGUUUGUUGGAGCCCCCAACGUUGGAAAAUCCUCGCUAGUCCGCGCUCUGUCGACUGCUUCACCCGAGGUGGCUAACUAUCCUUUCACGACGCGCGGAAUCACCAUGGGCCACAUUUUUGUUGAAGGCAUCUCGUACCAGAUUGCGGAUACUCCUGGAUUGAUCUUCCGACCGGACGAAAGCCGUAAUGCUAUUGAAAAGUUAGCAAUCGCCAUGAUGGAGAAGACGCAGGCCUCGAUUGGCUUUGUGUUUGAUCCAACGGGGUCAUCUGGAACGCCGACAGCGGACCAAAUUCUGCUGCGCGACGAACUUCGCCACCGCGUGGCAGCAGCUCGCCCAGAGCACAAGUGGAUCGACAUCAUCUCGAAGAUUGACCAGCCUUCGGACGACGCAGCAUCGCUCAAGGACAGGUUGGGGUCGUGUUUUUCCGUCUCGGCGCAGACGAACGAGGGUCUGAUGGAGCUGGGAGAUGGGAUUCGCCAAUAA